AAAAGAAAUCCAACAAGAUGUCGAGUAAGCGAGCCAAAGCGAAGACCACCAAGAAGCGCCCUCAGCGUGCCACCUCCAAUGUCUUUGCUAUGUUUGACCAGUCACAAAUCCAAGAGUUCAAGGAGGCUUUCAAUAUGAUUGAUCAAAACCGUGAUGGAUUCAUUGACAAGGAGGAUCUGCACGACAUGCUGGCAUCUCUCGGGAAGAAUCCCACGGACGAGUACUUGGAAGGGAUGAUGAGCGAAGCACCUGGGCCCAUCAACUUCACUAUGUUCCUCACCAUGUUUGGAGAGAAGCUGAAUGGCACCGACCCAGAAGAUGUUAUCCGAAAUGCUUUUGCGUGCUUUGAUGAGGAAGCCACAGGUUUCAUUCAUGAGGAUCACCUGCGUGAAUUGCUCACCACCAUGGGCGACCGGUUCACAGACGAGGAAGUCGAUGAGAUGUAUCGAGAAGCCCCCAUUGACAAAAAAGGCAAUUUCAACUAUGUGGAGUUCACCCGUAUCCUGAAGCAUGGAGCCAAAGACAAAGAUGACUAGAAAUAAGAAGAUAGCCCA